AAAAACGACAUUUGGGUUGGUGUAGUAAAAUUACGUUGUCUUUUUUCUUGCUUGUAAAUUACCAACUACCAAGUAGAUUUUGCUCCAACCUUUGGGAUAAACAAACAAAUUAAAUCAUUUCUUUUGACGACUCCUGUUUAUCAUCACUCUUCCACCCCUUAAACUAACUUUUUUCUUCUUCUACAUGUUCAUCAUCGCUCCACCAAUGCACCCUUCUUUUUCUUCCUAAAAUUUCAAAUAUAUUUACUUCAUUUACCUGCGAAAUUUCAUUGCACAUAUGGAUCUGUUCUUCUCCACUUGUUUAUUUAGUCUUCUCUCCAUGUUACAAGGGAUUUCGGGGACUACAUUUACAGUAGUGAAUAAAUGUGAUCAUACAGUUUGGCCUGGCAUUCUCGGCAACUCGCAGUUAGAUACCACCGGGUUCGAGGUACUAACAGGCGGGUCACGAUCCAUCCAGGCACCGCCUAGUUGGUCUGGUAGAUUUUGGGGCAGAACCGGAUGUAUAUCGGACCAGAAUACGGGUCAACUCACCUGCCAAACUGCUGACUGUGGCUCCACCCAAAUGGAAUGCAAUGGUAAAGGCGCGACCCCACCGGUCACCUUAGCUGAGUUCACGAUCGGGUCGGGUACCCAGGAUUUCUACGACGUUAGCUUAGUGGAUGGAUAUAAUUUGCCGAUGUUGGUGGAGCCGAGCAGUGGGUCAGGCACGUGCUUGUCGACGGGUUGUGUUAAUGAUUUGAACCGGCAGUGCCCGGAUAAGUUAAGGGUUCAGUCGGGUCAGGCUUGUAAAAGUGCCUGUGAGGCUUUUGGGAAGCCCGAGUAUUGCUGCAGCGGCGCGUAUGCUUCACCCGACACCUGCAAGCCGUCUUUUUAUUCGGAGAUGUUUAAAGCGGCUUGUCCGAAAUCGUAUAGUUAUGCAUACGAUGAUGCUACGAGUACGUUUACGUGUACAGCUGCUGAUUAUACGAUUACAUUCUGUCCUUCAUCCACAAGUAAAAAAUCAGCAAGCAAUACAGCCCCAGCAGCAGCAGCAACAACAGGGACGACAAGCCCCAUAUAUGGAUCAAUUACAGGGUCAGGAGAGGUCCCAGCAGACGUCAAUAUUAGCUCAUGGUUUCCUUAUUUUCUUACAGGACAGUCUUCCAGGACUGUUUCUUCCUCAGUUUCCCACAACACACUGUUGGCGUCAGCCAUUUCCUUUCUUUUCCUCUCAUCUCUUGACUUUAGUCAUAAUUAUAACUUUCUCCAAACGUAAAAGCGUAAUGUAGAAAUUAAUUUGCUUAAUGAACAUUAUACUACUACUGUUGAACUCCAA